AUGACGCCGCUCAACAUCAACCGUCUCCAAGCGUGGAUUGACGCAGGCCGUCUGAAUCCAAACGAACCCAUUACCCUCAAGGAACUGGCAAAGUCGCGCUGCAUCCACGGCAUCAAGGACGGCGUCAAGUUGCUCGCCCGCAGCUCCGAAAAGCUCACCACCCCGGUCGAGAUCGUCGUCAGCCGCGCCAGUGCCUCGGCCAUCGAAGCCAUCGAGUCGGUCGGCGGCAAGGUCAUCACCCGCUACUACACCAAGCCCUCCAUCUCUCGCGUCCUCAAGGGCGACACAGACCCCAUCUACAGCAUCCAGAGCGCUCCUUCGCCCACACCCCGCCCCGAGUUCAAGUACAGGCUGCCCGACCCGGCCAGCAGAAAGGACAUUGAAUACUACAGAGAUCCCGCACACAGAGGCUACUUGAGCCAUAUGCUGCAAGAAGGCCAGGGUCCCAGUUUGUUCUUCAAGACACCCGGUCAAGGUCGUGUCGACCACAAGAAGGUCGCCUCCAAGGGCGCCAAAUCUGCCAUCAAGGGCGAGAACAGGGUCUGGUGA